AAAUCAAGUCAAUUCUGAAGAAACCCAACUCGUCGCUGAAUUUGUUGGCACUGAAAGAUAGUCGGACUGGUGGGGGUGAAUCAACUCGUGUAGUGAUAGAUAAUAGUGGAUAUUAUAGUGGGGGAAGUGUGUCAAGCAGGGAUUCAAAUAACAGUGGUUUGUUAGUGAAUUUCAGUGGAACUAAAGAAAGGAGCGUAGAUGUGAAAUCUUCAGGGGUGAAAAUAGUUGAACAAGAACGUUCAAAACCUACCCCCAAACCUAAUUCAACAAAUAAUAACUCUAGAAAAAAGAAACAGGUACAGUUCAAAGUCACCCCACCACCUCCUGAUACCAACCCGUCCACAACAGACCCACCUCGAGUUCCUAAGCAGGAUGAUUCCAAUAUCCUGGUGUACUUUGGGGAUAGUUCUGGGACGAGAGACAUCAGUGUGAACCAGCCUAAUGGGGGUAGUGUGGGUGUUGUGAAUGGGGCUAAUACGUCAGUUGAUGCUCAAACCCCACAUCUACUCAGUGUUCAGAGCUCGCCUCCCAGAACGCAGAGUUCGACGGAUAUCCAUGCGCUGGUCACGCCACAAGCUGUACCAGGACAAGAUACUACGAAACGCGUCUCGCCCGUCCGUCUACACCGUAGUCACAGCGACCGACAAAACGUCGACAGUGUGCGUGACGUCAUCACCAACUAUCACAUCACCAGCCGACGUCGUCAGCCGCCGACAUCAGUUCAACGACACAAUGCGACUGACCGUACGACACAGUCGGCCCGACUCGCGCAAUGUCCAGUUCGUCGAAAACGGCGGACUGCUACUAACGCCAUCUGUCGACUACAAAAAACAACACCGAGCCAGCUUCGAUAACAGCGAAUUCGGCUACAACUACCUACCGGUCAACGGAAACGCGAGAAAUUUGAGCAAACGAAAAGUCAGUCCCGGCCGGCCGAGGCCUAAGGAGCCUCCUCCUCCACCUCCGCCUCCACCUCCUCCACCACCUCCGCCUCCGAGACAAAUAUUCCCCUUCACGAAAGAGGAGAUAGAACACAUCAACCAUCGACUGGUUGGCAACAAUAAGACUGAGAUUAAAGAGAGGUUCGUGGAGGGUGGAGAUGUUGGUAAGACUGAAAUCCCGGAAGAAGGCGGAAGUAGAGGGGUUGAUAGAGAUGGGAAGUACCUGAGAAGCAAAGAAUCUGAUAUAAUUUCAACACAAAGUAAAAAAGAAUCAUCAAAUCAAGAUGACACCCACAAAAUAUCAUCCUCGCGUUCCCCAGUACCUUCCCUGAAAUUCAGAUCUGAAGCAUUGGUAAGACUGACUGUAUCUUCUGCUGAUUCUGAUUCAACAGUUGGCAGCACUAUGAGAGAUACUGAUGAUGAUAUCUAUUACAGCAACAUAGACAUAUCAAAACAAAUAAGGAGGGAUAGUGUUGAGAAUGACGUUGAUGAUCAUGACGCUCAGGAGUGUACCAUUGUGACUGUAUCUCCUAGUGCGUCUCAUACGGGUAAAAGUGAUGGGGUUUCAAUGUAUGAUUCGAAUUCAAUGAGUAAAAGUAAUGGACUAUCAACGUCUAGUCCAAUGAGUAGGGAUGAUUCAGUGUCAUCGAACCAUUCAAAUUCAUUGAUCAGAAAUGAUUUAGCUCAUUCUAAUUCAAUGAAUAGGCACGAUUCGACUCAUUCAAACUCAUCAUCAAAUUCAAUGGUAAGGACUGCUUCAACAUCAUCUUCUCAUUCAAAUUCAAUGAUGAGAAAUGAUUCCAUGUCAUCAAAUCAUUCAAACUCAAUGAGAAACGAUUCAACGUCAUCAAAUCAUUUAAAUUCAAGAACUGACCCUACAACACCACCCAGAAAAACAUCAAUUAUGAUAACAGGCAGUGAUCAGUUGAAAUCACCUGCAACUAGCAAUCGAACCUCGGUUAUGAUUGGAGAAUGUAGUAAUUACUCAACCCCCUAUCCUGUUUAUCAAACCUUGGCCGAAAUUCAUGCCAAAUCCAAUUCAUCCCCGGUGUUAUCAACUAACAACAAAGUGACUAUUAGUGUUGGUGGUAGUGGAAAUACUAGUAAUCAUACUAGUAACAAUUCUAGUAACAAUACUAGCAAAUUAAAUAACAGUAGUAGUGCCGAGCAUAGGAGUACUGUGUUUGUGUUAGAUACUUCGAGUUUGUCUGAGAAAAAUGUUACCAAUCCAAAUGCAAGAACGGAGGGGAGGGGCGACAGUUCACCAUCCAAUAGAAGGACGUCUACCAUCGACAUAGUGGCUGAGGAGGAGAUGAAUGAGCUUAUUAGGUUGAAGGUUGACCCAGUAGAAGCGGUCAGGAAAAACCUGGUACCACACGUAUGCGGCCUGUCAAAACUACACAGUUCCUUCCCGCCCAACCAACCAGACCAUUUCCACAAGAAGGACAGUUCACAGGCGUACAGAGGCGCUUCCUCCAACGAGGGAGUCGACAGCCGGCGGUCGGCGGGUGACGGAAGUGGCAGCGAUGUGAACCGGUCUUCCUGUCCCGACAGCCCGUGUCACAGUGAUGCUCCCUGCGUCGAUGAUGACAGUGUGUUCAUUGACCAGGAUAGUGCGAAACAGCCCAUCUAUGCCAGUGAACAGGAUAAACAGGAUGAUGAGGUGGAAGUGCAAACCCUGUUCGACGACAGCCACCACUACGAGUCCCUGACCCGCAGCGACCCCAUCUACGAGGAGAUCCCCAUCUCGGACACCCCUCCACCGCUUCCACUGUCACCUCCUCCGCCCCUGCGAUCCAUCUUCGAGGGUGCCACCAAGUACGACAUCCUCAGCUACCUGGUCGGCGCCAAGGAGAGGGUGAAAGGCGGAGGAGAGGGCACUGAGGAGGAAGAGGACGAGGAAGAGGAGGAGGAGGUCGAGGCUGAUGAUGAAGCUGAAGUAGAGAGAGAAGUAGUGUCACCCUCUCCUUCACCAGUAGGCUCGCUUCACUCGCGCGUCAACUCGCUGGACCUGAGCAGUGGCAUCAGUCAGCUGAGUAACGCUAGUGACUCCAGUGAGGACUCCUGCAUAGGGGUGGGGGGACCCCCUGACACCGCUUCCAUCUCCUCCGACCUGGUGCGCAAAAGCAGCGCGGAGAUCGAGCGCAAUGACUCAGGCGUUGGUUCGGAGACAAGCAAGUGCAGCCGCACCAGGUGGCAGCACCUGCCUGUCAGCUGCAUCCGUGAGGACCAGCAGCACAGCUGCGAGGACUGCCAGCAGCCGGUCGAGACCCAGGUCACUGACAGUGGCCUGAUGUUCGCCCCGCUUGUGUGUCGCAAGUGUGCCAAACGGCGCACGGAGCGACGGGAAAUCAUCACUGAAAUUGUCGAAACGGAGGAAAAGUAUGGCCGCGACCUGCGAAUCACUCUUGACGAAUUCUACAAACCAAUGCUGGUCGCCGGGCUGCUAACACAGGAGCAAUUGUCGGCCAUCUUUCUGAACACGGCGGAGCUGCUAGAGCAUAAUGCUGUGCUGGCAGAAAAACUGAGGGACGCGUUGGAGAUCGCUCUGGACCAGGGUGACGAGGAUUUGCUGACUGUCAAUAUUGGCCGCCUGUUCCUUGAUGCUACACCAAUGCUGCAUGCAUUUGAGUCCUACUGUACUAGACAGGGAGCUGCUUCGAUGCUGUUAACAAAUCUUGAGAAAGAGAAGGAGCUGCUCCGAAUAUUUUUGAGAGUGUCGCAAAUGGAAAACACUGUGCUCAGGCGCAUGAACCUCAACUCUUUCCUGAUGGUUCCAGUACAGCGCGUGACCAAGUACCCGCUUCUGCUGGCGCGUCUGUACAAGGUGACUCCCUCGCACCACGUGGGUCGUGAAAUGCUCAAAGACGCCCAACAGAACAUCGAACUGCACCUCGAGCAUAUGAACUCAUUGGCAAAGGACAUCAGUACAACAAAACUGUGGCGCAGGAUAUCAAUAAUGAAUGGCCGAAGGUCGAGCAGUGAGAAUGAUAUGAUCAACAUCAAAUUAAGAAAAAUCGCAGUUGACGUCCUGGAGUGGAACCACGACGAGGUUCGCUUCACAGUGGAAAGCAGACUGCUGUUCACGCAGCCCACUGACAGCAACUGGCGCAGAGGCAGGACCAUCAAACUCACUCCUGUCAAUGCCAUCCUUGUCACUCUUGGAAAGCCGAAUGAGGACUACCAACCGGACUGUGAAGAACUGCUGGCUUUUCCAAGAAAGAACGGGAUCAAAGAGGCGUCUCUGAUUCUACUGAAAGAGAAGAGUGGACGUUAUGCUCUCCUCAGAGAUCCAUUAUUUUUGGACCGGUGUAUCGUUUGUAUGGACGCCGACUGGGAAGACUGUUUUGAAGUGCAAGAACUCGCUACCAAAGACACUUUUAUUUUCAAGGCUGAAGACGUCGAAACGACAAGGCGAUGGUACCGAUCCCUGCAGUACCACGCACAGGGUCUGGGGGCGUGGAGGAGGCGAAGACCCGCCCUUGCUAAUAUCAUGAUCAAUGGCAUGCAAGUCAGGCCCUGAAAUCACCAAUUACCAUUUAUUUAUUUAAUAAUCAAUCUAUACUUCAUGUGGCUUUAAAAUGUUUUAAAUUUGAAACUUGACUUGUACUUCAAAACGUUAUGUGACUUUGAAAAAUUGUUGUGCACAUCUGAUCUGUUGACUAUUGUUUUCACCCGAUAAACUUCGAUUCAAUUAUCAAAAUAAUUUAUCUACUACUUACUAUUCAUGUUUCUAGAGGUUUUAAAAGGUAUAACUGUCAAACGUUGUCACUUCACUUAGGAAACAAUAAUGUACAAGAAAUUUCAUUCAAAUCAACAUUUCUCUAACUGAACAGCAAACUUAUUUUUUAUUUGUCUUAUCUAAAAUCUCAAUUUUUUAAAAAUAUAAGGUACGAUACUGGCUUUGUAUUUUGAUCAAAAAAUUAAAAUUCUUAGUAUAUAUUAUUAGUUGUUUUCAAAGAUUAACAUUGCUUUCUUCUCUUCUCGAUUUGUCUAGAAUAAUAAUUAUAUAGCAAUAAUAUUGAUAGGUAUUGCUUAUUAGCCACAGUUGACUCUAGAAACAAUAAUGAAAUAAAUAAAUUCAUUGAUAUUGGUACCGAUAUGAUUUUUCUAUUCCAGACAAAUUGAGGAGAAAACACAGCAAAUCAAAAUAUCACAGUAUGAAAUAGACCAAUUUAGUAAUUAGAAUACUGUAUCACUUUGAAAUGAAUAGGGAAUUCCAUUGAAAUAAAAAUCGUAAUUUAUAUAUCUAUAGAUAAACAUCAUCAACUAAUUUACAUUCAAAUUACUCACUCAAAUUUACUUUGAAAAUUAUUAAACAAAUUGAACAUUAUUAGCAAGAAUGUUUCGAAUUGUUCAAUAUUCUUCCCUUUGAAAUUUGAAACAAAGUAUUUAGUGAGUAUUCAAUACAUUGCUCUGUCAAGAUGAUGAAAAUAACUUCGAAUCUGAAGAACAGUUCAAAAUUCAACAUGAGGAAUUGGAUAUUCUUUCAUAUUUCUGGUAUUACCUGGAUAUGUUUCAAAACAAAACCCUACUUCUUUUCAAAGGGAACACUUUCAAUGUUUUAAGGACAUGGCCAUGAUAUCUGGAGAUUGAAAUUCCGUUAAUUGAACAGAAUUUAGGAAUCAAUUAUUUCAGUUCAUAAUGACGAAUAGAAGAAAUUAUUCCAAUUGGAAUUUUCAAAAAAUAUUGUAUUAGCUUGAUAUGAUCUUUCUAUUGAAUUAUGAGUGUGUAAUUCAUUCGGAACCUAAUGUCCCGCAUUGCAAUAUUAGUGGUUCCCUUUCAAUUUGUUAUUUUUUUUUUUUAAAUAACUCAAUAUUUUUUCACAAGUCAUUAUAUAUGUCAAUAUGAAAUCUUCGACUGUUAAUGAGCAAGUAGAUCUUUCUGUGAAUAACUUGUGACCAUCUAGUAGAUCCUAUGAAUCGAUUAGCAUUUAUUAAUUUAAAAUUAAUUGAGUAGCUUAGAACUUGAAAGUUAUACACCAAGUGCAAUAAUUACCUGCAAUACAUUAUUAUACUCAACUGAGAAAUUUUAUUCUCUAUUUUUUAUAAUGUUUAUGAUGAAAUUAUCAUUUAUCAUAGUAUGCUUUAUUAAGAGAAAUUUAGGGAGAUUUUUGUAUGGGAUUUGAAAAUUUUCCAAAUAAUUUUUUUGCUUUAAGUUGAAUGUACUUCCAAAGUGCAUUCAACCGUGAACUUAUCAAUCUUACAAAAUAAAACAAUUGAAAAUCCAAGUCCUAUUCGAAAGAUUGUCUGAGCUGUUCAUUAUGAGUUUUCUAAUUAUAUAUCACUUGACAAUGAUAACAUAAUAUAAUGAAUAAUAUGGAUUGCAUAAUAUAGCCUUUUCUAAAAGAGUUCUAGUUCACUAGAAUAGGAUGAUAAUACUGCAUGAAAAUAAUUUUAAUAAAAUGAUCCGUCCACCAUUUUUUUUCAAAAGUUUAAAUUAAUCACAGUAUUCUGUAUCCGUCCAUGAUUGAUAAGUUGAAACUUUACUUGAUAAACAUAAACUAUAAGAAAUGUAUAUAAUCAUGUUAAUACAAAAUAUUUUAACACAGUGUUAUCCCUUAUUCUAUGGUUGUAUAUUUAUGAAUAUAUAGGGCUCACAAUUCGCAAUAAUAUCAUACUCUAUCUUUUAGUUUGUUCAUAAAACAGAAUUCAAAUGUAUCUAAAUAGAUUAUUUGUAUUUUAAUCGAUAUUUUUGAUAUAGUAUAACUGUACCAAACCAUAAUUUAGUUGAGUGUUUUUAAGGUAAUUAUGUAACUAUGUAAUUUUAAUAAAUAUUAUCAACAUAA